AUGCCUCCAGUAAAUAGAGGAAGAUCAAGUAGAUAUUCUAAAUGCCCAAGAUGUAGUCAUCAUUUUAAAGAUAUCGAUGGACAUGUCUCAAGGAUACAUCAAACUACAUUAUCAGAGUUACACGAUGAUGAGCAUUUUUCGAUAUUAGAUAAUCAACAAGAUAAUCCUGAUCCUCAUCAACAAGAAAUUUCUAAUUCGUGCCAAGAAACACCUACUCCUAAUUCUCAUAGCGAUCAGGAUAAUCAAAAUA